GCAUGUUCUGUCUAUUAUUAUGACGUCAGAGGUCAUGUGACAAUUUUAUUUUCAAUUUUUUAGGAUUUUUUCAAAUUUGUACUGAUAAAUGUUUAAAUUUUAUAAUAUAAUUGAUAUGUUUAUGUAUGAAGAAUUUAUUGAAAAUUAUUUGAAAUCCUGUAUUGCUGAUUUUCCAAAAUUUUCAAGCUCCAUCACUUCGUCACGUCAAGUUUGCCGCCCAAUUCGGAGAGAACGCCAUUGUGAGCUCUAAAGACUUGUAGACUUUACCAGAGCUAUCAGUCAUUUUCGUUUUCAUCACUGUUUGUUGAAGGUUUAAGAUUUAAGGAUUCACAUAUAAAUUCCAAAAAUGGCAGCAGAACAAGAAAUGCCCACAUUCAAAUGUGUUUUGGUUGGUGAUGGAGGUACUGGAAAGACAACCUUUGUGAAGCGUCACUUGACUGGUGAAUUCGAAAAAAAAUACGUAGCCACACUUGGUGUUGAAGUACAUCCUUUAGUGUUCCACACAACAAGAGGACCCAUUCGUUUCAAUGUGUGGGAUACAGCUGGUCAAGAAAAAUUUGGUGGUCUCCGUGACGGUUAUUACAUCCAAGGACAAUGUGCCAUAAUUAUGUUCGAUGUUACAUCAAGAGUUACCUAUAAGAAUGUCCCCAACUGGCAUCGUGAUUUGAUCAGAGUUUGUGAAAAUAUCCCAAUUGUGUUAUGUGGUAACAAAGUUGAUAUUAAGGACAGAAAGGUCAAAGCCAAGAGCAUUGUUUUCCACAGGAAGAAGAAUCUUCAGUAUUACGAUAUCUCUGCCAAAUCAAACUAUAACUUUGAAAAACCCUUCUUAUGGUUGGCGAGAAAACUUAUUGGAGACUCCAACUUAGACUUUGUCGCUUCACCCGCCUUGGUACCUCCAGAAGUCACGAUGGAUCCACAAUGGCAACAACAAAUCGAAAAGGAUCUCAAAGAGGCUCAAGAAACAGCCCUUCCCGAAGAUGAUGAGGAUCUAUGAGCGAGCCUCUGUGUAUCUAAGUGAUAUAUACCUUUAAUUUUUUAACUAUUUUUAUUUUGACCUUGUAAUGAAUGAGCUAAGUGUGUGCUUAUUUAUCAAAAAUUUGUUGAAUAGUAAUGUUAACACGAGAGUAAAUGAAUGUCGUUAAAUGAAAUUGACUAAAUAGUUGUGAAGAAUGAAUAGGUCAUAGGUUAUUUUCAAAUAAAUAAUUUUUCAUGAUUU